AUGAAUGGACGGAGGAGAAGAGCAACGGGCCUCUCCCAUGACUCGUCGUUCGUGUCGCGGCGAUGGGACUCGGGACUUUUCCCUGCCCAGGCGCGGCCCGAUGUUUGUUGCUCGGGUGGUGCCAGAGCGGUCGUGCAGCUCGCGGCCGGCGCAUGCGCGAGUUCCAUGCUCCAGCUCGGGCUCCAACGCGGACGGACAGCACAUGGCCGACAACGCGGCUGCAUCGAUCCUUUGGCUGUGCCUUGCCCAACGCUGCUUCACAUAGUCCGUACUUACAUCCUUUCCAACCUCUCGCCGUGUCGUCCAUGUCUGAAGUUGGCUGCAGCUCCGGCCACUGGCCAGCCCACGGAGGAGUGA